AUGGACCGCAACCUGCAGCGAGCCUGUGCCUGGUUGAUCAUUGUCCUUCUCUCAGUUUGCAAACUCACAGAAAGCCGGUUAGGUUACAGCCGAGGCUCCAUCAGCGCAGAAAACUCUCACAUCCCGACCAGGACUAUUCAGCCUGAGCUGUCUGCUGCUGAAAAGAAACAACAAAGCCCGCAGCUCAGUGCUCAACCUCGACCCGUCGUGGUCCAGUGCCACCCAGAUUCAAUGGAGGUGGUGGUGCAAGCUGAUUUGUUUGAAAACGGCCUUCUGGUUGACGGCAAACAGCUGCGCCUGGGCUCAGACUUAGUGAGAGAGGGCCAUUCAUGCGGUGCAGUCCCAUCAGGAGAGGCGGAAUUCACCCUACAGGCCCACCUGACGGACUGUGGAACCAAACUCUCUUCGACAAUAGAGAAGAUUAUCUAUUCUACUGUGCUGGUCUACUCACCUGAACCUUCAUCUGAUGGUUUGCUGAGAUUGGAUGGAGCAACUAUUCCACUUGAAUGUCAUUAUGACAAGAGAUACGGUGUUGAUGGCAUUUCUCUGCACCCCAACUGGGUUCCUUUCAUCUCCACGGCCACAGCUGAAGAUCAGACAGACUUCAGUCUGCAACUCAUGACGGAGGAUUGGCAGUUUGAGAGAGGAUCUCACGCAUACUUCCUGGGUGACCCAAUUCAUUUCCAAGUGUCUGUCAUCAUGGGUAACCAUAUGCCCCUACGAGUCUACGUUAACCAUUGUGUUGCCACAGCAACACCCGAUGCAAAGGCAACAUUACGAUAUGGCUUUAUUGAGCAUUACGGAUGUCUUGCUGAUGCUUACCUGACAAACUCCAGCUCUCAUUUCCUACCAAGAGCUGCAGAGCACACGCUUAGAUUCCAGCUGGAUGCAUUCAGGUUUGACCAGGAGCCCAGCAAUCAGGUCUAUAUCACCUGCUAUUUGAAGGCUGUUCCAGUCGCAUCAGCUGUCAGCUCUCAAAACAGGGCGUGUUCUUUUAUUGGCAACAGAUGGCUGUCAGUUGAUGGUAAUGACCAUGUAUGUAGAAGUUGCGACAAUUCCCAUCGGGUUGAGGAGCCUCCAUCCACAGAGCCUCCUAAAACAACUGUCAGCACCAAAGCCUGGCUCGACAUGACGUCACAGGAGAGUUUUGUCCAGAGCAACGCCAAACAUCCCUCAGCAACUUUUGUCCGUUUCCGGCCUGGAAUGCACCAGAGCCAACACUACAAGCCUCAACAGUCCCCUGCUGGAUUGAUGAAAAGAGAAGCAGACUACAAAGUGGAGAGAACUGUCCAGCUGGGACCUCUUAUUGUUACAUUGCCAACAGAUUCCACAACAGCACUGUCACCCAAGAAAAAGACCACCUGAAACUGAGGAUUGAACUCUAGAGACUGUUGAGAAUAAUAAAAAAAAACAGUAACUUCAUUCCUGCCACUUUCAAAGCAGAAGAAACAUAACGGCAUAUUAGAAACCCACUUUGGACAAAAGUGCCUUUCCUCUGAAUACAGAGAUUAAUCUCGUCAUUGUAAAUAUCAUUUCACUUGACAUAUGCAUGUCCUUGUUAGUAUUUACUGUUAUCCUUUUACUUCAAAUAUAACUUUUGUUACAGUUCUUUCUGCAGAAAUGAAACCUGUUUUUUUUUUUUUUCUCCAUUAAAUAUUUUACAAGUUUAUCUCUGCCUUUUUUCUUGUUGGUAAUUGAUGUUGUGGCUGAAACUAAAAAAACACAACUGCCAUUUUCUAUAUUAUUUGAUAUCUGAUCUUUACAAAAUCCAACUUCCUGUAAAUGUUCGCUGCAAGAACUCAAUGUGGCUUUAGCAAACAAUUAAAUUAGCAUUGGUUUAUAAGCACUCAAACUCAUUAGGCUCAAGCAGCAGGAGUGGAUGUUGAAAGGAUGCAUUGUGUGUUUGUGUACAUUUUAACACAAACACACAAUAUAUCCCUUUUGACUGCAAGAUUCAUCUAGCAUAAUACAUGUCUAUUAGGGAGCACUUCCCUCCAUUACCACCCACAACCUACUCAUCACUAGUCACAUUAUUGAUUAAUCAUUAUGAGGGGUACAUGAUGUAAUAUAAAAUGUUGGCUUUGCCUCCCACAUCCAGUGAAAUGAUUAGUCACAGCCAUCUAGAAUUUUUUUCUUUGUAUCAACUUGUGUCAAAAUCAUACCAAUUUUUAACAUUUGUGCUCACUCUACUGAGUGUUUGAUUUUUCUGUAUCCUGAACUGUGGCUCGCCCAUUAAUGAGAAGGUUGGUGGUUUGAUGAUCCCCAGCUCCACCAGUUUGUAUGUAUAUGUGUCCUUGGGCAAAAUGCCCUAGAUAUGUGAAUUAGUUGGUUAGCCUUAUAAACAUUACAAAGUGCUCCAUUGUUCCUGAUGAACAGGUUGACACCAUGCAUGGCAGAUUCCACCACACCAUUAAUGUGUAUGUGUGU